AUGAGCGCCUUCGACGGCGGAGUGCCACUCCCCGCGCCGUUCCUGCCGCACCCUGGUGCGCCGCAAACGCCGUGGGCGACGUGGGAGCGGCGGUUCGGGAACUACUUAAUUGCUCGCAGUGGCGACACCCCUCUACCAGCGGCCCAGAGACGUGCACUGCUACUCUGUGCAAUCGGAGAUGAGGCAUAUCGCGUUUAUGAAAACUUGCCGACGCUGGUGAAGGACGAGAACGAGGACGACUAUGACGUCACCAUUCGCCAACUACGCAACCACUACGAACCCAAGACCAACGUCAUCGUAGAACGGUUCCAGUUUCGGCAGAGAGGCCAGCAGUCACAUGAGUCUACGGCAGACUACGCUGCAGUUCUGCAUGGACUUGCCAAGAAGUGCAACUUCGGAGCGAUGGAGGACGAGCUGAUCAGGGACCAAAUUGUGGAGAAGACCCCUCACAAUGCUCUGCGUCAGCGCCUUCUGCAGGAGCAUGACCUAACACUGCCGAAGCUGCUCGGCAUGGCAGAGGCUCAUGAGCAGGCUCUGCAGCAGGCCGCUACUAUUCAGCAUGGUGUUGUCGCCGCUCCACCUGUUCCCGCUGUCGCAAAGGUGGAGACACGUAAAGGACAUCAGCAACCUGCCCAGACCGUCAGCACCCCGUGCACCAACUGUGGACGUCACGAUCACCCUGUCCGUGAUCCCAGCUGCCCAGCCAGGCACAUCGUCUGCCACAUCUGCAACCGCCAGGGACACUUCGCUGCCUGGUGUCGCAGUCGCGACAACCCAGAACCCAGGGGUGGAGGUUCAAAACCCAAGAAACCAGGUCCUCGUGGCGGCAGAUCUGGGUCCAGCCGUUCCAGACCACAAGCUGUCAGAGAACUGCACGUUCUGGCUUGUGAACAGGGCAAGUCAACGAAGCUGUCGUGUCCAGUGACCAUCACAGCCGGUGACAUCACACGUGAGGGUGUGCAUCUUCAAGUGGAUACAGGUGCCACCUGUUCGCUUCUAAGCCUGCAGCGUGCCAAGCAGCUGUUCAAGGGUGUCAGCUACGAGCCUACUUCUGCUAACCUGUACGGUUUCGGCCACAACCCCAUUCAAGUUCAUGGCACCCUCCCUGCCAUCAUCAGCUACAACGAGCGCAAGGUCGACGCAUCAUUCUACCUGGUGGACACGCCCCGCCUGGAGGCCAUCAUGGGUAUGGAUGUGCUGAGUGCCCUGGGAUUAACUCUGCACCCAGCUUCGCACACCAUCUUCGAUCUGGAUGAGCAGACCUCUGCGUCAGAGGAGCAACUUCAUCUCCCAGCUAUCGACGGAUACGCUCACAGGAUCCAGCUGAAGCCUGACGCUGUGCCUAAAGCGUUCAAGCUUCGUCGUCUGCCUCUCUCAGUCCGGGAGGAGGUGUCAGCUGAGCUCAAUCGACUUCUCCGAGCUGACGUCAUCGAACGAGCAGACGCGUCUCAGUGGGUCAGCCCACUGGCUGUCACUCGCAAGAAGGAUGGCAAACUUCGCAUCUGCACUGAUCUUCGAUGGCCGAACUCUCAGAUCAUCGCGGAGGUACAUCCACUUCCCACCAUAGAUGACCUGGAGCGGAACCUACGAGGCACCGUCUACAGCAGGAUAGACCUGAAGUCCGUGUACUUCCAACUCUGCCUGCAUGAAGAUUCCCGAGACAUCACUGCAUUCCUCACCAUGGACGGCCUCUUCCGCUGGAAACGAGUUCCCAUGGGUCUCGUCAGUUCUGGCUCUGCGUUCCAGAAGCUCCUGGACCAAGUCCUGGACGGGAUCGCAGGAUGUGGUCACUACCUCGACGACAUCUUGGUGUCCGGGCGCACUCAGUCCGAGCACGACGCCCGCCUGCAUGCCGUCCUGGCCCGGCUUCGCGCAGCUCGCAUCACAGUGAACAUGCAGAAGUCCGUCUUCUCCCAGCCUGAGGUCGACUUCUGUGGUCACCGCCUGACGAAGCACGGAGUCGCACCUCUGCAGUCAGCAAUCAGGGCUGUGGUGGGUGCACCACACCCCACCGACCUCAAGGAGCUACGGAGCUUCAUCGGCACCACCGCCUGGUUCAGCAGGUUCAUCCCCGCCUACUCCACGGUGGUCCAGCCGCUGACUGUGAUGUUGAAGAAGGACGUCCCCUUCGAGUGGGGCCCAGCCGCGGAACACGCCUUCAACAGCGUCAAGAGCCUGAUCUCCUCCAGUCCGGUGAUGAUGCCGUUCUCGCCGGCACUGGACACCAUCGUCACCACGGACGCCAGUGACCGUGGUGCAGGCGCCGUCCUGACUCAGAUCCAGGCGGACGGACAGGAGCGCCCAGUGGCCUACUGGUCACGUUCCUUCACAGAUGCUGAAGCGAAGUACUCAGUCUCCGAGAAAGAAGCGCUGAGUGCUGUGAAUGCCAUCGAGCACUGGCGGAUCUACCUCUGGGGCCGCCACUUCACCCUACGAACCGACCACUCCGCGCUGACAACGCUGCUGUCGCCUCAGUCAGCCAACCGCGCAGGAGCUCGGAUCGCCAGAUGGCAGUCACGACUGAUGUCGUACUCUUAUACCGUCCAGUACAAGCCUGGCCACAGUAUCCCGGUCGCGGACACUCUCUCGCGACUACCGCUCCCAGACACCACUGCCGCUGAGACUGACAGUGACGAUGUCGUCGCACUCGUCACUGAUGCCGCUGCCGACGUCCUCACGGAGGAGGACAUCCGAGCCGCCUCAGCCGCCGACCCGGUGAUGGAGAAGCUGCGUUCUACAAUCCGCUUCGGCUGGCCCGACACGGCUCGCAAGUGCGCGCCGGACCUUCGCGAUUACUUCGCCGUGCGCCACGAACUCCAGUGCAGAGAAGAUGGCAUCGUCAUGCGCGGACCUGAACGGGUCGUCGUCCCCGAGACGCUGCGCAGCAGGUACCUGGAGCUGGCACACGCCGGUCACCAAGGCGUUGUCCGGUCGAAACAACUCCUGAGAGACCUGGCGUGGUGGCCCGGCAUGGCGACUGCUGCUGCCGCUCUCGUGAAGAACUGCCACGUGUGCUGUUCAAAGGACUCGGUGCUCGCCCAGCAGGCGCGACCAGCACCACUACAGCCCGUCCAGCUGCCUGACCGACCAUGGUCCAAGCUCGGUAUUGACAUCGUGGGACCCAUCUCCGCAGCGCCUCCUGCCGCACGGUUCGCGAUCGUCGUUACCGAUUACUACAGCAAGUGGCCAGAGAUAGCUCUGACAUCCACAGUCGAAACUGAUGACAUCAUCAGGAUGCUCAGCGCUCUCUGGGCUCGAGAAGGUUUCUGCGAUGAAAUCAUCAGUGACAACGGUCCACAGUUCUCAAGUGAGAAGUUCCGCACGUACCUGCAGCGUCGCGGCAUCACGCACCACCGGUCAUCACUCUACUGGCCGCGUGGCAACGCUGCAGUCGAGCGGCUAAAUCGAGAAGUCAAGAGCUGGCUGCAGGAAGCCGCCCAGUUGAGGCUCAGGACAGCAGACUCCUUCUCCAACCACGUCACACAGCGACUCGCGCUGUAUCGGACGACCCCCCACUGUAGCACCGGUGAGGCGCCGUCAGUACUGCUGCAUGGACGCCGGAUGCGUCUGAAUCUACCAGUCGUAGAGGAAGCAGCACAUGACAAGAGGAUUUCCGACCGUGUCGCCAAACAACAGCGCCGAAACAAACGGAACUACGCCGCACGUAAAGGUGUGAAGCGGCCUGGUCUGCGGCCGGGGGACCUGGUCCGUGUGAAGAAGCCAGGACACGUCCCGAAGGAUCAAAGUCGAUUCUCGGCUCCAGUCCCAGUCACCCAGCAGCUCGGCCCAGCAACCUACCUGCUGGCUGACGGCACCAGAAGGAACGCGGCUCACCUGGCUAGCGUGCCUAGUGGCAGCCAGGAUGGAACCGGACCUGCCACACCGCCGUCAGGCACAGCCGGACCCGUCACUCCGCUGCUGUCUCAGCCGCCGACUCAGCGGUCACCGACUCUACUCCGGGACCAGCCGCCAGCGCCACCGCCGGAGACAGCACCGCCAUCUACAGGACGAACAACGCCCCCGCGAUCACAGCCAGCCACCGCCGGCGCUGAUAGCGCGGACCGUGCCGUGCCUGACUCUGAUCUGGCUGAACACGAGCUGCCGAGAUCGUCGUUCGGUCGCCGUCGGUUCGUGCCUGUGAGGCUGCGCUGA